AUGACUGAAGCCAAACAAGAUUUAAUUGAAUUAUCAUCAAAUCCUUUAGAUGUAUGGAUAAAUACACAUUAUGAUGAAUUGUGUGCAGGUAUGACGUGUGAAAAUGCUCUAUUCUGCAAACCAUCAGACAUGAAAGACAAAAACUUUCAAAUGAGUAUUAAGGAUAAAUGUGAUAGGAAACAUAGAAGAAUAGACGGUAAACAAACAUGGUGUUAUGUUUUGAAAGAAGAAAUGAAAGGAUUAUAUAAACAGGUUGAACCAAACGAUAAUGAGGAUUCAUUUACUGACGAUGAAAUACCUGUAAAUGAAGCUUUAUAA